AUGGAAUCCGACACCCCCGGUGGCAUACCGGACACCACCCGAGUGCCAGGAAACCAGCUGAGCCCCGAAGAAAGGCGGAAGGCAGCUAUCCUGAUUCAAAAGACGUAUAGAGGCCACCGUACACGACGUCAGAUAAAGGGGUUUGGUCUGGACGCUUCCACGAGGUGGUAUGAGGCGCUGAGAGAUGCACAAUACCGUGCAGCAACCACGCCGCGACCGCCUGCUCGUGCUGAUGACAACGAGUCGGCUCCAGACGCCGCGGGCAAGCCGACAGGUAUUUCUCCAGCACGCGAGAAAUGGAGCAGAGCCGCACAGAUCGCGCGCCGAGCAGGUGCCGACGAUCGAUCACCAUCUGUUUCCGGAUCCUCGGCCGACGAAAACGAAGAUAAUAGACAGGGAGGCAUGAAGAGGACCGCCAAGAUGAUGGAUUUACAAUACUUUCUUGAAAUGGUGGACCAAAGGCAUCGGUACGGCAGCAAUUUGCGGAAAUAUCACAACUAUUGGAAGACCCAAGAUACAGACCAGAGUUUCUUCUACUGGCUCGAUCAGGGCGAUGGAAAAGAAGUGGAUCUCCCGGAAUGCAGCAGGGCACGGCUUGAUAGGGAACAGGUUCGCUAUCUGUCGAGGGAGGAGCGGAUGAAUUAUUUGGUCAAGGUGGACGACGAGGGCCGCCUUGUCUGGGCCAAGAAUGGCCAGCGAGUAUGGACUAAGGACGAACUCUACAAGGACAGUAUCAAUGGCAUUGUGCCGGUGUCAGACCGUACGCCGGAAUUCAAGUACAAUGUACCACCGCCGGAGGAUGCAGACGAUCCCGAUUCUAGUACAACCUCCACGGAUGAACCCGAGCAUGCCGACGACGACGGUGGAAAUGUGGCGCCAGACGAAGGAGAGAGAUAUGUUAAUGAAGAGUUCCAUCGCGCCAAAGGUGUAUCCAAAGUCAAGCAUGUCAGUGCCGCUGUGCUGUUCAACCAUAUGAUCAGAAACAGCCUCAAAAAAGGCCAUAAAUGGAUCUUUGUUGCAGACACCUCAUUUCGUUUGUAUAUUGGCUAUAAGCAGUCAGGGGCAUUCCAACAUUCAUCAUUUCUGCACGGAGCACGCAUCCUGGCGGCUGGGUUAAUCAAGGUAAAGGAUGGCCAAUUGAGAAAGCUGUCCCCGUUGAGCGGACACUAUCGACCUCCAGCGGCGAAUUUCCGAGCAUUCGUACACAGUCUGCGCGAGCAGGGAGUUGACAUGUCCCGUGUCUCAAUCUCUCGGAGCUACGCUGUCUUGGUCGGCCUGGAGACCUAUGUUCGAUCCCGCAAACGCCUCAAAGCCUUGGAGGACAAGGUACGUCACGAGAAGGACAAGCUAAUUCACCCUGGUAAGGUGCAUGAGGAGGAAGAAGCCAAGCAGGACCGAUCAGAGAGUGCGGAAAAGGAGAGGCUGUACCUGGAACAGCAACGCAAUGCCCAGGCACAACAAUCCCGGGAACCUAAGGCUGGGAAGAAGCAUACUGGCAAGCUAUCUCGUGUCCUAGCAGGCCACCAUACACCUGCAGGCAUGACAAUGAGGGACAAUGAUGGUGCCGGAGACAUCCAACAACAGCUUUCGGGGACAGGUCCAGAAGAUGGUGUACCUGCGCCAGAAGGACGGCGGUGA